CAACGUAUCUGUGCCGCUCUGAUUGGUGGGUUAGUGACACACAGGAGAAGCUCUUCAUUAUUGUGAUUUCGUCAUUCGUCAAGUUGCUCCUUCCUAAAGAGAUGUCUGGCGAAAGCACGAAUGAACAAGAGUCCGCUACAUCCGCCGAGCCAGAGUCCGUGGAGAAAACGGAGCUGCUGGAAGACACUGCCGAGGACACCGAGUGUACGACGAUGCACGUGAGAGAGGAAUUCGUUGAAAUCUUAAUGUCAUCGAACACAGCUCGAGAUUCUACAAAGGGAAUCGAACCUACGAAGAAACAGACUAAAAUGAUCAAAUCGAUUGAGGGGAGGAUGAAUAAAUUGUUUCAGGAUAAGCUCAACUCGGAAGACGCGAAACCCGACGACGCUAUAGCUCUCGCACAAUCUUAUUUACAUAUUUCUCAGGUGUACAGUGAUGUUGUGUGGAAAGACACAUUGUCCGAAGCCUAUCUGUUACGAUCUUUAGGAUUAUUAGAGGGAAGGGAGACGACUCGUAAGGCCAUUCUGACGGCUAUGAAAGUGUGCAACUGUUUAGGCCGCAUUUACCUCGACUUAAGAAACCCUAAGAGAUCCCUGUCAUUUUAUGAGAGAGCAUUCCUGCUUUAUUGGACUUACACAAACAGAAAGGACUCGUACCCCGCUCCUGUCGAUAUUCUAUACGUGUUUGGCGUUGUCACGAAAGAGUUCCAAAGCGGUUAUUCACUGGACCGACAAUAUAUGUCAACUUUAUCCAGCUUGAUAAAUCUGCAUGCACAGAUGGACGAGGGAUUACACAAGCCGAUUAUUACAAUAUACGAACAUAUGUUAUUGCAAAAGCAAGUGCGACUAAUACCGUUGACUAUAGACCGUAUACAGUGGGCUCUAAAAGCGGCGGAAUUAGCCGAAUACCUUUCAACGCACAAACGAUUUACAGAAGCUAGAAAUCACUUGGGUAUUGCAUUUUACAUGCUGAAAAAAUUUUAUCGGGACGAGUAUGAGAAAAUCGAUGGAGUGAACUUCCCAGAGAUGAAAGCUUCUUUGUACAAACAAUAUAAUGACGCGGUUGUCCGUAUUAAUAUAUACAUGGCGCAAUAUGGACUCAUGCUUUUAUCUUCGUCGAAGGAACGACUGCUACGAUUUGGAAAGGAAGAUAAACGAUGCGAGACCAACUUUCUAACAACGGUCAAGCAAAAACUACCGGAGUCCUUAAUGUUUACCAGCACAAACAAUAUCCAAGAAGAAUUUAAUACUUGGAUUACAGAUGAAUAUCUUGUGAAUUACAACGACGCUAAAACCGUAUUUUUGAAUGUUCUGAGAUGUUUUCAUGAGGUAUCGGCUUACGACAGUGUUAUAUCCAAUCCAAACACGCGCGUACGGAUCCUGCAAGAAAUGUCCCAAGCAUGCAGAUAUUUAGCAUAUUAUGAGCAAAAUGAAGAUAAGCAGAUUGCACUGCAUUCAUGGCGAUUGGACAUUUUGAAGAAAGCCACAAACAUGUUGAGUACGUGCAACAAGCAAAACAAGCAAGACAAGUUUAUUUGGCUCGAACUAGCAACUACUCAUAUAACUAUAUUGGAUGCACAUUUGGAUAAUUUAUAUAUCGGACAUCAGAAAUUACAAUCAAACCUCCCAGUAAAUAUUGCGAAUCGUGUACGGCAUGCUUUAACCUCUUUUCAAUCAUAUUUAAAUACAGAUCGGUAAUUUUGGACAUUUCAUGGACUGCAGACGAAUAAAUUGUAUAAUAGGAAUAUAAUCAUGUUCCACAUAUAGCUUGCGCACACGGUAAAGAUGUGCACAAAAUAUUGUCAGUUAUUGUAGCACUCGUAUUCCUAAAUCAUGCAAAUUUAUUCAUUCCCUUUAUUGUGAGAUAUAUAUAAAGCACAACAAGUACGUACCACGUACACGUCACAUAAGAGGCGUCAUGUACACACAUGCACACACAUACACACACAUAUAUAUAUAUAUA